UGGUCAGAAAACCCUUCAGUAACUUCAACAAUCCUCCAUUGAGUGACAAAAUGGUGAAAUUUGAUGACAGCGUGGGAUAUGAAAGCCAGGCAUCUGUUUCAGGGAGGCGUGUUUGGAUCAACAGAUGCUCUGGUGGUGAUGCGAUUGGAAGAAAUCCUACAGGGAUGAAAUUCUUGAGGCUUUUCAUUGUGAGCUUUGGACUCCUGUGUCUCCUUCAAGCUACUCUUAACAUUACCCUGCGCCUUACUCUCAUAACAAAAAGGAAUCUCACAGACAGCUGUGCAGCUGUGAUCAAAAAUUUGACUGAUGAGAAUGAGAAGUUGAAGAGGACACAGGAUAUUUUUGAUGAAUACAUCAAGCAAGGAUGGUUUUACUUCAGCAACCAUCUCUAUUACAAAUCUGAAACAAAGAAAUCUUGGCAAGAGAGCAGACAAGACUGUCUGCAGAGAGGUGCAGACCUGACGAUCAUCAGCAGCAGAGAAGAACAGGUAUUUGUCAGAAACUUUCUGUCUGCGUGGAUUGGACUGACUGACAAUGAGACGGAAGGGAUUUGGAAAUGGGUGGAUGGGACUCCACUGAACACAAGCUACUGGCACGAUAAGGAGCCCAAUAAUGCCAAUAGCAACGAAAACUGUGGAGAAAUAGGGUACCAUGGAAAGUUAAACACCUGGAAUGAUAAGCCGUGUCAUAGUGAAAACUAUUGGAUCUGUGAGAAGAUGGUCAUGUAAUGACUGUAUCCAAACACAUCAGAGUGGUAAAACUGCAGGGAAUGUGUGUUAAUCUUGCUCAGUUAAUUCAUACUAUAAAUACACUGCAUGGAUAUUCUGAAAAGGUAUGAGUUUCACUGAGGAUGUGGCUGAAAUAUUGUUAUAUAGUUAUUCAUUAAGAUGUAUCAGGGCCUAUGCAUGCUGUAUUAGACAUACUACAACUGCUAAAAUCUAUGUAGUUUGACUAAAACUUAGCAAAUGGAUAAGAUAAUCUGUUUUAUAGUAAUUAAAAAAAAAAAAAAA